CGAGCGCGGGAUUGGGAGCGGGAGCAGGGCCCGUCAGGCCCCCCCGGAUUCCGGACCCGCCGCCCCCGCCGCCAUGUGGUUCAUGUACUUGCUGAGCUGGCUGUCCCUGCUCAUCCAGGUGGCCUUCGUCACCCUGGCCAUCGCGGCCGGGCUGUACUACCUGGCGGAGCUCAUCGAGGAGUACACAGUGGCCACCAGCCGCGUCAUCAAAUACAUGAUCUGGUUUUCCACGGCUGUGCUGGUCGGCCUGUACCUCUUUGAGCGGUUCCCCGUCUUCAUGGUGGGCCUGGGCCUCUUCACCAACCUGGUGUACUUCGGCCUGCUGCAGACAUUCCCUUUCAUCAUGCUCACGUCGCCCAACUUCAUCCUGUCCUGCGUGUUGGUCGUAGUGAAUCACUACCUCGCGUUCCAGUACUUUGCCGAGGAAUACUACCCCUUCUCAGAGGUCCUGGCCUAUUUCACAUUCUGCCUGUGGAUCACCCCGUUUGCCUUCUUCGUAUCGCUUUCGGCCGGGGAGAACGUCCUGCCGUCCACAGUGCAGCCCGGAGAUGACGUGGUGUCCAACUACUUCACCAAGGGGAAGCGCGGCAAACGCUCGGGGAUCCUCGUCAUCUUCUCCUUCAUCAAGGAGGCCAUCCUGCCCAGCCGCCAGAAGAUGUACUGACCGCCCGGCAGGGAGCGCGGACACCCGGGGACGACGGGCGGCGGCAGGAAGGCCCUCCUGCCCAGACCCGCCGUCCCCCUCCCACACCAGCGCUGUCUCGGGAGGAGCCGAGGGCCCCGGGACGCCCGUCUCGACGGGAAGCGAGCGGAGGGGGUCCCGCCCCGGAGCCCCCUGCAGCCAGCAGGAGCCACGGGUCCACGCAAAUCCUCGGGACAGCCGGGACACCUUUGCGGGGGGUCUCCUCGGGCGUUCCCCCCUCCACCCUCUGUGCUGGCCCGGCUGUCGCUGGGUCUCACCAGGACCAUGACCGUGGUCUGCUUGGGGCCACCUAGCCCGUCAGGGGCUGCUCGGACGAGUCCCCCUCCACCCCCCAUCCUGACUGACCCAUUUCCCCAGAGGGACCGGGCAUGGGGGUCACCCGGAGUUUGGUCUAGAGCCUGCAUCUCACUGGGGAGGGGCCUGACGGCAGUUUCCAUGGGUGCCCCCCAAUGCCCCGUCGAAUAAAGAUCCCAAGCGGCAUUGAGCAUC